AAGGAAGUACACCAAGCACUUCUUGUUCUCUACUUCAAUCAAUUCUCGAACAUCUACAGUUGAAAAAUUUCGAUAAAUUACCUCUCCAUAAUGCAUUCUGAAAUCAGUAAAAUCAUCAAAAUAUUCAUCAUUCUCGGAGUCAUCUAUUGCACUUCUGCAUCCAUGGAAGAUCCAUCAAAUACUCUGUCCAUCCCAAAUGAAUAUUAUGGAAGACAACUGGAUUUUGAUCUUUUGACAAGACUGCUCACGAUGCCUCCUAGGCUUUGUCAUUCAAAAAGAAAUUCUGAGCUGAUUAAUUCUUUAUUAGGACUGCCCAAGAACAUGAACAAUGCUGGAAAGUAAUCCAUUAUGUCAUUUAAUAUUUCUAGUUUUAGUAAUACUUUAUGAAAUUGGUUGAAAUAAUGAAUUUAUGUUUAUGCCAUUAUAAAUAAUGUGCAACUGGUCCUCUCAAAAAGUGAAGUAUUUUUUAAUUGUUAGCUGAUUAUUUUUAUAGAAGUUAUUUAUACAUAGAUACACUCGUAAAUAAAGUACAUUUUCUGCAAA